CGGUUCCGUCUCGCGCAGGCCCCACCUUUGGAUCGAGUCCUGGGAGGCACUGUGGAAGAGCGGAUAAGGAGUAUCAAUAAAGCCGGUGACGAAGACCUUGUUCACUUGAGGAUCGAAGAAGGCGGCGGUAACGCCUAGAUGGUCCUGCGGCAAGGGGAAAAAAAUCCCUGGUUAGCUAAGCUCGUGGUUCGAACUGUCGCGGACGUACUGUAGGCAUGAAGCAGAAGCCGUACAACGUGCCCUCCGUGGAUACCUCUCUCACCAUCCAAACCCUGGUCCAGACCCCGUCAUCCUCUCUACCCUUUAGUUUGUCGUACUUUUGUGUUACUACAGCUAAGAACUUGCCGUCGGGAGAAAAGCUGAUGUUCUGAAAGCGGACUUCUUCUGCGGACCGGAACUCCUUGAUGUUCAGCUCGGUCGUCCAAGCAAUCUCGCUCCGUUGAAAGCAGAAGACCUGGACAAAGGACCCGUAUCCGACGGCUAUGAAGGAAUUAUCCCGUGACAUGGCGAGUGCCGUUGGUCUCGAGCCUUGAGGCAGUGGUUUGAGGAUCUGCUUUGGGCCGGAGCAGUCCAAGAUGGUGAACCAAAACCGCUUACCCGAAUGAGCAAGCGAAAAUGGAUGAUACUGAGUCACCAAAUGCUUACCUGCCUGUUCAAAAACACAACGGAUAUGUGUCUUUCCCCUUCUGCAACAAACCUGAUGUUGACCGUGCGGUCUACCUCGCCUUGCGGAAUGGUAUUGGACAACGACAAGAGCGUGCUCUCCGUAGCGCGAGCGCAUAUGCGCACGACGGAGUCCCCGUUCUUUCGCCAGACAAGAAGAUGCUUGGACGAGCCCGAAAAACAGAACUGUGUGCUGUCGGUAAGAGGUGUCGUGGCGAGGCGUUUGGUAGACGACGUCUUCGGCAUUUUGGAUGAAAGACUCCAUUUCAGGCGGAACAACCCGGCGACAGAUUGCGAGCUUCCCGUGCUUCCGCUUACGCUGACAGUAUCUGUGGAUAUGCUGGAGACUGACAUGGUGUUCUGCACAUGAGCUGACCUCCCUGGUACAGGUCGUUCCAUACGUGCUGGUAGCCUUUCUUCUCGGUGCUGUGGCUCCCGAAAAGCAGAUGAAGACUCAUCGAGUGGAGGGAUGGAGUUGGACACUGGUGUCAUCUGGACUAAUGGUAGCUCUUGAGGGACAGUGGGUGUAACAGAUCCAUACCGGCCUCCAGUCGCUGGAAUCGGAGGCUGAGGUCUAGUAGGCGGCAAUGGAAUCGAGGAAGAAGUCCAUUGGUUUGAAAUAUUUUGACUCCGGCUGUCUUGUUUUCGUGAUUGUGAUGGUACUCUUCUGGCUUUGGCAAAGGCUCCCGUACAUUGUGGACACGAUCGGAUCGUGUCGAAAGAUAAAAGGUCGUUCUAGCACCGACGGUCAUGAUCCUAACUAACACUGGCUCCAAAAUCUUUCGCAGACUUACAUAUCUGGAGCGAUUGAUGUGAGACAUCCCUAGAGCUCGCUCGUCUACAAUGUGCAAGGAGGGACAGUCCACAACGUAGACAAGGUCGUCGUCUUCAGCAACGGGUAUCAAUCCCUCCAGGUCAUUGGGAGCCAUAUCUGAUCGCACAACAACGCCUUCGUUCUGCCAUAUCUCUUUGCUGUCGAUCAAUGGAGUCGCGCAAUUUUGUACAGUCCGGUAGGUAAGCGGGAACAUGGGAUCAUGAGAAGCUCGAUGGCAAAAAAGGCACAAGUUUCGCUACGUUGAUACUCAGAUCACCAGGUAGGAGCCAAGCCUAGCGACUGAUGGGAGCAAGCGGAUAGAUCAUCUGCAGGACGGCCAGAAGCUCUGACCCAAGUCCAUCAGAGACGUCCCGCCUGCAUGAUCCAUUCCAGUAGAACUGGUUCGAAAGCGAGCGUGUCCAAGACCAGCUGGGCGCAGAGACACUUUCUCACCGGAUCAAGCUAGGCGAUGCCUGGGUGGCUUUUUCACGCAGCGGCGACCCCAUCUGUUUGCUGAGCGGGUCGUGGCUGCUGCCAGCUGCAGCUUGGCCAUGCAGUUCCUUGGUUCCCCAAUACAAGCCAGAGGCUCGAGCCCCUUUU